AUGAAAUAUAAAACCAUGUUGAUUACUUUAAUGAUUGUAUUAUGGUCUCAUUUGGUUACUAUUAUAUAUUGUUUUCAACGUAAACAUGAUAAACAUACAGUUGCAAGUAUACCAGGUGAUAUAAUGCUUGGUGGAUUAUUUCCUGUACAUACAUCUGGUGUAACUACUUGUGAAUCAAUCAAUCCUGAAAGAGGAAUUCAACGAGUUGAAGCAAUGUUAUUUACACUAGAUGAAAUUAAUAAUAAUACAAAAUUAUUACCAGGUUUAACUUUGGGCACUACAAUACGUGAUACAUGUUCAGAUACAAAUCAUGCACUUGAACAAGCAUUGAAAUUUGUACAAGCAAGUACUGGAAGUAGUAGUCAAUUGAAUAAAAUGAAUGAACAAUCAGAAAAUUUAAAUACACGUGGAGUUGUUGGUAGUUCAUAUAGUUCAGUAACAAUACUUGUAGCAAAUUUAUUUCGUCUGUUCUCUUUACCACAAAUAUCUUAUGCAUCAACAACUGCUAUAUUAAGCGAUAAACGUGCAUUUCCAUUAUUUGCACGAACUGUACCUUCGGAUGUUGUGCAAGCUCAGGCAAUGGCUACAUUAGUCUCGGCUCAUAACUGGACUUAUGUUUCUACAGUACGUAGUGCAGGAGAUUAUGGUGAUUCCGGUAUGGAUGCAUUUUGGAAAGAAGCUGACAAACUUGGUGUAUGCAUAGCAGCCAGAGAAGUGAUUAGAGGAAAUACGGGUCCUGAAGAUUUAGAUAAUAUAGUUAAUGUGCUUAGCAAAGAUUUCGCAAAAGCUAGAGUCGUUGUUUUAUUCACCGGUAUGGAUCACACAAAGCUAUUAUUAGAUGCAGUUAGGAGAGCUGGUCUAGUUAACCAUUUCGUUUGGAUAGCUAGUGACGGAUGGGGUAGAGAAAAUGUACCCGUAUCAAAUAACUCAAGAGAAGCAAAUGGUGCGUUAACUAUAGAAAUUCAAGCCGAACCGAUUAAAGCAUUCACAGAUUAUUACCUUUCUUUAGGUAGAGAAAAUCAUAGGAAUCCUUGGUUCAGAGAAUAUUGGCAAGACUUAAUACAAUGCAGAGAAAGUUCAUCUAAGAGGCGAGAAAGAAAAUCAACUAAUUCCAAGCGUUAUUUCAUGAGUAAAUUAUCAAAAAAUGAAACAAAUUUAGAAAAUUCUCAUGAAAUGUCAACUGAAACUUCAUCAUUACUGUCAUCAUGUAGUGACAGUCCAGAUUUAAGAUUACGUGACAUUCUUGGACCGGAUUUCAAACAAGAAGCGAAAAUACAAUUUGUCUACGACGCAGUUUAUGCAUUUGCUUCUGGGUUACAUAUACUUCAGAAAAAACUAUGUCCUGGUAACCCUCUUCAUCCAAAAUGGAAUAAAAGAGAUUGUCUAGAGAAAAUGCUCAGCUAUCCUGGAACUGCUUUCUACCAACUAAUAAUCAAUACAUCAUUUACUGACAAUUAUGGCAACUAUGUAGCAUUCGAUGAAAAUGGUGAUGGUUACGGACAAUAUUCAAUAUAUAAUUAUGCGCGCGAUCCAUACACUGGUCAGUAUCAUUAUCGUUUAGUCGGUGAUUUUCAAGGUGGCAAACUUACGAUGCGUGCACGACCUAUAUGGCCGGGUGGGGAAUCAAAAAAUUUUCCAGUUAGCCAAUGUUCAGAAGAAUGUGGAUUUGGUGAAGUUCGACGUUUAGACAAGAAACAACAGUGCUGUUGGUCAUGCGAAACAUGCGGUGUAGACCAACGCGUAGUUAAUUUAACUCACUGUGAAACUUGUCCUUUUCAACACUGGCCUUCAAAGGAUAAAAGAACAUGCGAACUUUUAGAGUUACACUAUAUUGAUAUUUCGACGUGGUUUGCAAUCGUUCCAAUAACUUUCAGUAGUCUUGGAAUACUAAUAACUGGUGGUGUUAUAUUUACAUGGGUUUUCUACUCUGAUACACCCUUGAUUCGAGCUACAGGACGUGAACUGGCCUAUGUACAAUUAGCUGGAUGUUUAGUUUGCUAUUCAUGUGCAUUUAUUCUGAUUGCAAGACCGUCAAUUUUCACAUGUUCACUACAGCGAAUCCUAAUUGGUCUUGGUUUUGCCAUGAUGUAUGCUUCAUUAUUAACAAAAACCAAUCGUAUAGCAAGAAUAUUUGACGCAGCAAAACGUACUACUAAACGUCCUGUAUAUAUUUCACCAAGAUCACAACUUGUUAUUUCUGGAUCACUAAUCGCAUUACAAUUAUCCUUAUCAGCUAUAUGGUUUGGCUUUGAUUCACCCGAUACACGAAUUGAUGAAAUUAGACCUGGUUAUCUUGUUUUACGAUGUGCAAUGAAAGAUAAAAGUUUUUUAAUCUCCCUGGCUUACAAUAUGAUUUUAAUUAUUGUUUGUACAGCAUAUGCUGUAAAAACACGACAAAUUCCAGAAAAUUUCAAUGAAUCAAAAUUUAUUGGCUUCACUAUGUAUACAACAUGUAUUAUAUGGUUGGCAUUUUUACCAAUGUAUUACGCUACAAUUAGCAAUCAUCAAAUUCAAAUAGCAACUCUAUGUAUAUCUAUCAAUUUGAGUGCAAGUGUUAUGCUGUGCUGUUUAUUUUUUCCUAAAUUAUAUAUUAUAUACUUACGUCCAGAAAAAAAUGUACGACGUUUAACAAUGAAUAAUAUGACAGCUAAACAAAAAUUUGCUAAUUUAGUCAAAGAAAAAUCAUCAUUAAAUGUUUGCGUAUCAAGUUAUGCAUCGGAUAAUACAAGUUUAACUGUAAGUAGUAGCACAAAAACUGGUCUACAAACAGAUUCAGAUAAGGGAAUACUAACUAGUCCAGUUAAUCCAACACAAUCUACUGUAACGGGUACCAGUUGUUUAAAACUAGAUAAUCAAUUUUUUAACGAACCAUCUCGUAGUAAUUCCUCAAUUACUCAAUCAGUUCAAGUAAUAUGUAAUCCUAUAGUCAGUGAUUAUAUUGCCUCAGUGACGACAAUAACAACAACAACAACACCGUCAAUAAUGAAAACAUCAACAGCAGUAACGGAUGACAAACAAUCCUCAGCUUAUGUUAAUACUUUGUUUAUGAAUUAUCUUAAUCAAAAACAAAAUGAUUAUUUAUCUAAUAAAUCUUAUAAUAAUUUUCCUACACCUACACCAUUAUUAUUAGACAAUAUACCAAAUCGUUUAUCACUUAUUAAUUCAGUUUAUUGUGAUGAAGAUAAUGUAACAACUGAAGAUGAAGAUAAUUAUACAAUAACUGCAAAAACAUCAUUUUCUACAAUUAAUUCUAAUACAAAUAAAAUUUCUAAUAUAACAAUAAAUAAUUUUACUAAUGAUCAUUAUAACUCUACUCCUAUUAAUUCUAAUGAAAUUAAAAUUAUUAAAACGGAACAAUAUUCUCAAGAUCAAAAUUUAGAAUUCAAUCACUUAUCAAAUGAAUAUAAUCACAACCAAUUAAAUAAAAUAUCAAUAUUAAAUAAUAAUAAUAAUAAUAAUAAUAAUAAUAAUAAUAAUAAUAUAUCUAAAUAUAUUCCAUCACAAUUUACAAAUCGUAAUAUAACAUCAUUUUCACCAACAAUAUCACUUGGUUCAAUUGAAUCACCUAAUUUAAGUGUACCAAGUUCUGAUUUAUAUAAUCAUAGUUAUUGUGAUGAUACAAUAAUACAAAAUAGUGAAAAUAAUGAUAGUUCAUUUCGUGAUAAUGAAUCAUUAUUUGUACGUAUUAAUAAACAAGAGAAAACAAAUUCACGUAGUAUUGAUUUUACGAAACAAACAGUUACUGCAUUAUAAUAAUUUAUAUGUUCCUUUUUUUCUAAAAAAUAUUCAAUAUUAUAAUUUUGUAUAAAUUAAUUAUUUCUGUAACACACUUUUCUUUUUAUUAUCUUUCUUUCAAGUAAAUUUAUCAAUCAAUGUAUAUAGUUUCUUUUUCUUUUUUUCAUUUUUCUUUUAAGAUAUCUGCUUUCUAAUUGAAAUUAAAUGAAGUAGUGUUUUUUAAAAAAAAAAGAGAGGAAAGAAAGAAAAGAAAAACUUUAUCGAUUAUAGAAAUAAAUGUACAAAUAAAUAUGAAUUGUUCAAUGUGUAUAGUUGAUUUAUUAUUUAACAUGAAACUUAUUAUUAUUAUUAAUAAAUCUGAAAUGAUAUGAUGUUUAAAUAGUAUUAUGUAAUUCAAUUAGAACAACAACAAUAAUAAUAACAAAAAAGAAAGAAAUGAUGUAAUAUACUAACAAAUUCUCCUUAUUGAUUUAUUAAAUAGUUCAUUAGAAAAUGUAAAGAAAAAAAAUCAUGUAAAUAUGUUACAAUGACAGAUAACUAUAUAUAUUAUCGAUUGUUUAUAUUGUUCAUAGUUUAUUAUGAUAUUGAUUAGAAUAUUAUUUUUUAUUAAGGUGAACAUUUUUCUUAUAUUUCUCUUUGAUAAAUAAACUGAAAAACUAUAAAAUGUAUUUAUUAUAUAAUAUGUUGUAUUAAUUUAAUGUAGCAUUAAAGGAAAUAAGUUAUAUUAAUAUAAUUAAAA